AUGGCCUCUUCCCCGUCCGCUCUCUCCUUAACGGAGACAUCGAGUCUCCUGGCGCUCUCCCUCGCAUGCUUUGCCAUCAUCACAAACACAUUCCACGGCGAUGGCGCACCUCUCGUCGCCUCCCUCGCAUUUAGCGGGAUUGCCUUUGCCGGGUCAUACUCCAUGAUACGAUGGCUAGGUCCCGCGUUCAUGAAGGCAGGCCUCAAGGGGAAGGAUUUGAGCAAGGUGCACAAGAAGGAAAUUCCUGAAACUAUGGGCGCUGUUUGUGCCGUGGUGUAUCUCCUUGUCAUUACGAUAUUUAUACCGUUUCCCUUUUAUAAAGAUAUUGUGGCUGCUACGUCUGGAGGCGGAAAUCGUGACGUUGUUAUGGAGACAAUUGAGCAUGUGCAAACGGGCAGGUUCUUGCAUCGAUUCCCGCACAGCAAGUUAGCCUCAUACCUUUCUGCAAUUCUCACGAUCCAAUCCAUUUCGAUCCUGGGCAUUGGCGACGAUCUCUUCGACAUCCGCUGGCGGCACAAAUUCUUCAUCCCAGGAAUUGCCAGCAUCCCACUCCUAAUUGUCUACUUUGUCGAUUUCGGUGUGACCCACAUCGUCGUUCCCAUACCAUUGCGACCCUACCUCGGCGAUCUCUUACAGCUUGGGUUCCUCUACUACGUCUACAUGUUCGCCAUAGCCAUCUUCUGCCCAAACAGCAUCAACAUCCUCGCGGGCAUAAACGGCAUCGAAGUCUCCCAAUCCCUCGUCAUCGCCUUCCUACUAGUCGUGAACGAUUGCUACUACCUCCUAGCCCCAUAUCCACACCCAGCAACAGACUCCCAUCUCUUCUCACUAUACAUGCUCCUCCCAUUCAUCGGGGUCUCCCUCGCUCUCCUCGUCCACAACUGGUACCCCUCCAAAGUUUUCGUCGGAGACACAUACUGCUAUUUCGCCGGGAUGGUCUUCGCCGUCGUUGGGAUCCUAGGCCAUUUCUCAAAAACCCUCCUCCUCCUCUUCAUCCCCCAGAUCUUCAACUUCGUCUACUCCGCCCCGCAAUUAUUCCGUCUCGUGCCCUGCCCCCGCCAUCGAAUGCCACGCUUCAACGCCCGGACAGCCCUCAUGGAAUCAUCCGUCACAGAAUGGCAACACCCCCCUAAAAAGCCCAUAGCCAUGCUCCUCAAACUCCUCCACCGACUACACUUAUUACGUGUCACGGAGAAUGAAGAAGGCACUAUUAUAGAGAGCAGCAACUUCACGAUGCUGAAUCUAUGGCUGGUGUGGUUUGGACCGAAGAGAGAGGAUAGACUGGCGAUAGAGAUUCUAGUCAUGCAGGUCUUGGUGGGGUUGGCGGGGCUUUUUAUAAGGCAUAACUUCGCGCUUUUGCUUUUUGAGAGUGAUAAUGUAGGUGUGUAG